AUGCACUUUUUUAACGAUCUGCUAGAAUUUUUCGGUAUGGUGCUAUAUGUAUAUAAUGGUGGUUCAAUCAAAUUAUGUAAUGCAUAUGAUGCUAUUCGUAAUUUUGUGGUCAAAUGUAAUUUGGCUUUCAUUCAUGUAAUUCAUUUAAUUACAUUAAUAUUAUUUUUAUUACCAAAUGGUCUUAAUAUAACACGUCGUGGUAUUAUUAAAUCAUUAAAACCAUAUGAAACUUUUCUAUAUGAAACAUUAUGUAUUUUAUGUAAUAAAGUAGUAGUACAAAAAGAUAAAGGUGUUUGUUCAUCUACAUGUCUUUUAAAUGGUAAGCGGAGAACAGCAGAUGUUAUGCCCAACAGAAACAUGUUAUGCCUAAGCGAGUGAACGAAUAACAAAAAUCGUGAAAUGCAAUCUUUCACUUAUUUUAAAUUAUGUCAAAUUUGUUCAUUUAUUGAUACCUAAUGAUGUAGUAAAUCUGGAAUUGUAGGAACUCUGCUACUGCUGGAUAAAAUAAAAGAAAUAAUACAAAAUUCGGUAUUUUUUCAGUUCGAACUUACUGUUGUAUAAUCAGUUACCUCCACACUUUGUAGACACACGAAGAAAACAGCAUUUUUUUUAUUGUUCCUUCAUAUAGAGUACUUCGGGAUGAUUAGAGACAGUGUUUGGAAUUUUCGUCCUUUUUUUCUAUUUCUUGGUCUUUU